AGGCAAACUGCUCGCACUGCUCUGCUUUGCUCUCGGCUCUACGCCGCUGCUAUCCAUUUGAGCUUUUGCUCUUAGUUUCACUUGCCUUCUGUAUCGUUGCUUGCUGCGGGCUGUACAUCUUGAACUGGCUGUCUGCUCUCCAAACCGCUUGCUAAUCCUCUGCUGGCUCUGAGUUUGCAGGCUCGAGUGCAUUAGCACACCACUCAGAGGGUGACGCGCCGCGUCAUGUCUCCAUUUUGCAGGACCUAGAACCAGUAAUAACACAAUAGAGUAGAACCCAAGACUAGCAUUUACCCGUUCGCUACUGUUUCUCGCGUACGUCAAACGGCUUCCAAUUCAAAGGCCACCUUGUGCCCCCAUCACAUAACUAAGACCAUAUAACGUCGCCGAACAUCUUGACACUAUUGCCGAGCCAUGUCGAAGCGAAAAGCCAGCGAUGUCGCCAGCGGAGCCAUUUCGAAACGAGGAGCCUCUGGCCCUGCAACACCGUCUUCGCAAGCUGAUAGUGAUGAUGACUACAUAUCGGAUGACCACAAUUUAAGCAGCGAUGGCGAGUAUAUGCAGGCCAAUCGUCUCGCAAGCCGGUUCGGUGGUAAGGCCCAGAAAACAGCAGCGGCAAAGGCUGCUCAACGGACAGGCGGCGGCGCCGGUGGCGACAAGGCAUUUGGAAACGGCACGCGAGACUUUUCCCACCUUGAACUUAAGCCGGACCACGCACAACGGCCCAUGUUCAUCGACCCUGUGAAUUAUAACAUCAUCGUUGAAAGCUUUGCGCCGACCUUCAAGCAGGCAGAAGACUUCCUGAUCAACGUAGCUGAGCCCCAGUCUCGAGUGUCACGUAUUCACGAGUACAGCCUAACAAGCAACAGCCUGUAUGCCGCCGUUUCUGUAGGCUUAACCACUCAAGAUAUCAUAACCCGUCUAGACUACUUCUCCAAAACGCCGCUCCCGGAAGAGCUCGUUGACUUCAUCUACCAGUCUACUAAGGCUUACGGCCAGGCAAGAUUGGUGCUAAAACACAACAAAUUUAUGGUUGAGAGCUCGGACCCGUCAAUUCUCCAAACCCUUUUGCAAGAUCCUGAGAUACGUGGUUACCGGGCAGAUGAAGGCUCGACCGAGCUGACCACCGAGGCAGCGCCGCAAAUGGGGAGUUUGUUCAUCCCCGGCACGAAACUUGCGGCUGGAGCGAAGCAGGCAGAUAAUGCACAGACAAGAGUCCAAGAUGAAGACCAACCAAAGGAGUCGACCGAGCAAGAUGCAAUGAUGGCGCAGCUUCUCGAGGAAGAUGACGAUGACGAAGAGCCUGAUCAAGUCCAUGCCUUUGAAGUUAAGCCUGCUUCAAUUCAAGCGCUGCGAAAGCGCUGCGAGGAGAUUGAUUACCCCCUCACUGUCGAAUACGAUUUUAGAAACGACACCAUGAAUCCAAAUCUUGAGAUCGACCUCAAACCGGCGGCACAGAUUCGUCCAUACCAGGAACAAGCGCUAAGCAAGAUGUUUGGAAAUGGCCGAGCGCGUAGCGGGAUUAUAGUCCUCCCAUGCGGAGCAGGCAAAACGUUGGUUGGUAUUACGGCAGCAUGUACCGUCAAGAAAGGGAUUAUUGUACUCUGUACGAGCACCAUGUCCGUUACGCAGUGGCGAAAUGAGUUUCUUAACUGGACAAACAUAAACCCUGAAGACAUUGCAUGUUUCACUCGACACGAGAAACAACGAUUUCCCCGUGAUACAGGUGUUCUGAUCACCAACUACACUAUGAUCUCAAUGGGCCGUGGUGAGGACGAUGAUGGUGAAGCGUCGACAGCUGCAAAGAAAGGCCCCGGUCAGGACAAACGUCGCAUGGCGCAUGACACGAAGCGUGUCAUCGACUUCAUCCGUAACCGUGAAUGGGGCCUCAUGAUCCUUGAUGAGGUGCACGUUGUACCAGCAGAGAUGUUCUCAAAAGUAACGUAUCGUGUCAAGGCGCACACAAAGCUAGGUUUGACCGCGACGCUUCUUAGAGAGGACGACAAAAUCACGGAACUCAAUUUUCUGAUUGGUCCAAAGUUGUUUGAGGCAAAUUGGCAAGAGCUCAGCGAGCAGGGACACAUUGCUCGUGUUCAGUGCGCUGAGGUCUGGUGUCCUAUGACAUCUGAGUUCUACGAGGAAUAUCUCAAGGCAAAGACUCCACAGCAGCGACUCUUGCUUUCUACAAUGAACCCCCGAAAGUUUCAGGCAUGUCAGUUCUUGAUCGACUACCACGAGAAGCGUGGGGAUAAGAUUAUCGUGUUCAGCGACAAUGUCUAUGCACUCAAGGCAUAUUGCGACAAAAUGGGCAAAUUACGCAUCGAUGGCAAGACUUCUGAUGCCGAACGUUUGCAAACUUUGGAGAACUUUAAAUACGCGAACGAGACAUGGGCUGCUGCUUUGUUUUUGUCCAAAAUCGGUGACACGUCACUUGACAUUCCCGAAGCGACUUGCCUUAUUCAGAUAUCUUCCCAUUAUGGCUCCCGUCGCCAGGAGGCUCAACGGCUCGGUAGAAUUCUUCGAGCAAAACGGAGAAAUGACGAAGGUUUCAACGCAUUUUUCUAUACUCUCGUCAGCAAGGACACACAGGAGGUCUACUACGCAACAAAACGUCAACGCUUCCUUGUUGAUCAAGGCUAUGCCUUCAAGGUCAUCACUCAUCUUUCGGGUAUUGAUAAGCUUCCUGGUCUCGCUUUUGCUACACGAAAUGAGCAGAUCGAACUGUUAAAAGCUGUUGCAGUUGACGCUGCCACGGCAAACGCAGAGGCGGAAGAAAUCGAGGACGACAUAUGGGGCAGCGGAAAAAUGUCGAAACGAGCUGGCGGCAGCAGCAAGAAGUUUUCGUACAAACGCUCUGGGGGGAUGCUGGCAGACUUAUCUGGAGGUAGCCACAUGGUCUACGUCGAGCAGAACAAAGGCGCUAAGGCAAAAAUCAGCAAAAACAGCAGCAUUCAAAAGAUUAUGCGUGCAGAGAAGAAAAAGCUCGAUGCAUGGAAAAAUAUCAAAUGAUUUUUAUCAUGAUAAGAGUCAUAACGAUAUCAAUAUUAGCGUAGACAUUUGGUCUUAUUAAUUUUUACCCUUUUAUUUUUUCAAGUUAUCAACAAUGAAGAUGCUGAAUGGUAUACA